CAUGAUUCCAUAUGUGUUAUUUCAUAGUUUUGAUGUCUUCACUAUUAUUCUACAAUGUAGAAAAUAGUAAAAAGAAAGGAAAACCCUUGAAUUAGUAGGUGUUCUAAAACUUUUGACCGGUAGUGUAUAAUAAUGAUGUAAUGAUGAUUGUACUACUACAUCUGUAAGGAGCUGAGAUACUCGUUCUCUACAUAGUGUUAUAGUCAAGUAAUGGCAAUAGGUUGCAUGGGAUAUCUAUAUAGCUCUUUCCCAAGUGCAGGUACUUUACAUCGUAAGUGGGAAUUCGCUUCAGCUAUUAGCAAUGUGUAGCACUCACCCACAUACCUUAGUAAGUUAGAGUUGGACUAUAACAGCAUUCAAUUUGUGAGUCAUUAAACUACUUUAGGUCAUUUAACUCUUACACCACACUCCUAAAUAUACUUUGUUCUUUGAAUAAACGUACCACUAUACAGUAACUGUGUUAAACUGCUGUAAUAAACUAUAAUGACCAUUUCACUUUGGUUGCAUCCCAUUUGGCACCCUAUUCCCUAUGUACUGCACUUUUGUCCAGGGCAUAUAUGUCAAAGUAGUGCAGUAUGUAGGGCAUAUGGUGCCGUAUGGGACAAAACCAUAUUGUGCCAAAAAAGCCAAAGCCAUGUUAGUUCAUAGACUGGCCUCUAGAUGGCACAUGGCUGACCUGUAUCUGUGUUCUGUUGAAGCCACGCCCACCCAUCACCACUGCAUCCCAUUUGGCACCCUAUUCCCUAUGUACUGCACUUUUGUCCAGGGCAUAUAUGUCAAAGUAGUGCAGUAUGUAGGGCAUAUGGUGCCGUAUGGGACAAAACCAUAUUGUGCCAAAAAAGCCAAAGCCAUGUUAGUUCAUAGACUGGCCUCUAGAUGGCACAUGGCUGACCUGUAUCUGUGUUCUGUUGAAGCCACGCCCACCCAUCACCACGGCCACAGCUGCCUGAGACUGAGAGUCUACGUCUGCUGCUCCACGGUCUCCCAUGGUGAUGAUUCCAGUCAGACUCCACCUGACUACACAGUCAGGCCCAAUAUCAAAAUACACAACAUUGAUGAAUUUAACCCUGAAAUUCCCAAACUGGAGAAGAGCGUCAGUGGCAGCAGCCGAUCACGCGAUCGCCUUCUGCUCACCGUGGCAACACUGCUCAUCUCCGCCCUCCUGGUUUCCUAGCGACUGUGUCCUCGAGUGACAUCACAUGGAUACCUGAACCGCUUGGACUGAAGGGCUCUGUAUCCAUUGACCCUGGGUUCAAUUAGAAAGUGAGAGGGAACCAAGUAAAGGUCAUACAAUUCAACCAAUCAAAAGCCAGAAUUACAAUCAAUUUGACACUACCAUAAAAACAGGACUUACUCUCAAAUCGUACUCACUCAAUUCUAUCUUAACUCAACUGUAGUCACUGUUGAUACACAGUUUGUGCGACAUGGCAUCUUUGGUUCAUGCAUUGUCGGGCAUACACUACUUGCAUAUGUGCAACUGCAUUUCAUGCAUUUGGUGUGCCACCACACAGACCAAAAGCAGAAAAUGGCAUUCAGACUUAGACAUGAUACUGCCAACAUGCCUAGGCUGCCUCUGGCUACACACACACAGUUAAAGUAGGACAUGUGCAGUGGGAUUUGUAAUGGGAGUAUGGCUGCCUGUCUAUCUGCGAAGGAACUCGCAUGACAUUGUCUUCAGCUAGUCCCAAUAUGGAGGACCUUUGAGCUCUGUGGAGUAGGAUGGACAUAACUGGACUGGGCUCCACUGAGCCUGACCAAUGGACUGUCCAAUGGGCUUUGAUGGACGGGACUCAACUGGACUUGGCGGUGCUGCAGUUCUGUGGACCAUGCUGGAAUCUGCCAAGAUCCACUGUGCUGUGCCAUAAACUUGCAGCCAUUUCUCUACACUGCUGCCAUUCUACCGGCUGUUAACACAUCUUUUACUGUCAUAGAUACGAGUUGGUCACACCGAUGCCCAGGUGUUGAUGGUAUUGACCGGAAGACAGAAAUAUGUUAAGAGAAUCUCUAUAAGGCUUUCGAGAGCCCUUAUGCAUCUCCUCUAGAUGUUCUCUAACUGUGGCUUUGUGGUACAUAGAAAGGUCCAAAGCCCACAUGUCAAGGACAAAAUAGGCGGUGCCCUUCAAGAACUGGUCCUAGAUCUGUUUUCAUAUCUGCCUUCAAACCUUAUUAACUGGAAUAAAAGAGACUCUGCACCUGUGCUUUGAGGGCAUUUCCAGAAGCAUAGGUCUGUGUUUUUGCCUGAUGCAUCUACCCAUAACACUUUGUCUGGGUUCCAGGUAGCAAUCUUGUAUCAAUAGUCAACAGAAUGGUUUCUAUUGCCACAAAUUACAAUAUUAAACAUUUCAUAACAACAAAUACCCUACAAAUCCAGACCUGAUUAUUAUUAUUUUGUCCCCAUCACUUUCAAAGGUUACCGAAUCAGGGCUGUUCAUUAUUGCAAUCUCAGUCACUGUGGUAACUAACAAAUACAGUAGUCACAGUGCCUGAGGAAACUGAUUUGUGUCACAGAUUGCUUAAGUUGCCAUUUUGUAAACAUGCGUGAAUGUGCAAACAGACAGCAGUCCACAGAUUUACUGUUUUAUACUAUAAAGUCUGACAAUAUUAGGAUUGCAUUUUCGAUGACAAUGCUGUAUGGUUUAUUAACAUUUAUUUACACAGUUGUUUACAUUAUUUAUUGAUUUGCUUGUUUAUUCGUGUACAUUUCCAAGUAUUUUUUCAUGAAGCUAUUGUACCAAUUUUUUUUUACAUUUUUUAUUUUUGCUAAAGCAUUUGCUUCUGUUAAGUACAGUACAUGGAUGUAUGCCAGUUAAGACUUUUGAGGAGAGGUGUAACUAUUCUUCUCACAUGUUAUAAAGCAUUACAUUUAACCAUAGCAUUUAUGCCAGCAGCACGGGGGAAAUAAGAGGAGAGGUGAUACUGGAUAAAAACCAUCACUCCUCCAGUGCUGCUCUUAAAAUUCUUGACACGAGAAAUGACGAUAGUGCAUUGUAAUAUAACUUUAUAGACAUGCUGGUAGGGGCUGAAUUCGUGUGUGUGUGUGUCAGAGAGAGUGAGAGAGAAAAGGCAUAUGCGUGCACAUUAUUGUGCGUAUUUAUGUAUUAGGAGUGUGCUUGUCCGCGCUUUCGAGUAUGUGUGCAUUUUAGACUUUUCGUAUUCGUUGAGGGACUUGUUUGUAGGAUCUGAAUAUGCAGGAGUGUAUGAGAGAGAAUAUGUGCUUCAGUAAUGUUAGUUUAUGUUAGGGGCCGGGGGGGUUAAAAAAAGCAUUUACUAAUGUUGGAGACAACAACAAGAAUUGUGUUUACCUUUGACAAGAAUCCAUUUAAAAACAUGUAAAUUGAACUAAGAAUGACAAUGAUGACAAUAAAAAUCAUACUUUUAGAAAAAGUC